AUGAGGAUCGGUUAUGCAUGUUUGGCACUCGCUCGCAGUCAUCUUACGCGAUCCCAGGCAUCAAUGGGUAAGCGGGGAUCAGCAAUGGCGGCCUCGGCAGCGGCUGGGGCUCCCCCCAAGCGAGUCUGCGGCAUGAAGUUCAAGGACGUGAUCACAUUCUUUUUCAGAAAGGCAGAUUUCCGUGAACUGAGCAACUUCGCCCCGAUUCCUGUGACAAUUCGUGGGUUCACGUAUCCAACUGGGGAACAUUGUUUCCACGCUGGGAAGUAUCCAAGUCGGAAUGCACGGCGGGGGCGCGGUGCUGCGUCAAGGCUGCCACUGCAUCCCAGCCACUUCGUCUUACAUUUCCCGAUGCGUGCUGAAUGCGCGGUGGCGGAUCUGCACGCUGCAUCGAGGACGAGUGAUGCUGGGCGGGCCGCCGAGUUGAGGGAGCGCGCAAAGGCUUUCCGCAAGACCGGCUCCGUUGCAGCCGACGGCCUUUCGGCCAAGCGGGCGGGAGGGAAAGGCAAGAGCGGCAUGGCAUUGGUGCCAGAGGAGCUGGAAGGCUGGCUGGAGGCCGCAGAGGUGUUGCAACGCGAGAUCUGCCUCGCCAAGGUUGCACAACCAGAGGUGCAGGGCUGCCUCGCGCGAAGCGGCAGCGCGUACAUCCUGCACCAGGACAAUCGGGCUGUUGCCGGCACUCCCUGGGGUGGCAAGGUCAAAGACCUCUCGAAGCUGCUGAAAGCCGGCAGAGGGAUUGGAAGCGAGGACGUUGUUGGGGAGAAUCGGUUGGGUCACAUUUGGAUGGACAUUUUCGCCGACGUACGGAAUGGCUUGCCGAAUGCCCGGAGCCAAGAAGUGGCCGCAAGAGCGUAG